GAUGCAUUAAGGAUCUCCAGGAAACCAUUAUGUGUGAUGGCAUAUGAAAUGCACAUACUUGAACCGCAGAAGAAAAACGGAUGUAAUAAUAUAAAAGCUUCAGACAGUUUAGACUUUUACCAUACCAAAUUGGACAAGUAACAAGGAAAACUGGUUUAGCAAUACAGGUUUCUUGUGAAGCUGUGGCAAUUUGUUAAAGGCAACAUGAAAGCAGACGACAAACUUCAGAUCCUGAAAUUCUUUCUAAUGCUUGUCAAUUCCUUCUUUGUGAUUCUUGGCAUCAGCAUUUUUGCGUGUUCUGCUUGGAUUUUGUUUGAUGAAGACAGCUUUGUGAGUGUCCUCAGCACUGGACAGGACAUAAAGGUGGUGGCUGGGGGGCUCUUUUUCAUCGGCCUUGUUGUGGUUGGUGUGUCCUUGCUGGGUUGUGCUGGUGUCUAUUUUGAGAGCAGAUGUUUCAUCGUAUUUUAUCUGUGCUUCUUAAUCGUCAUCAUACUGGGUCAGAUUUUCAUCACCUUUGUGCUAUUUAUACAAAGGGGGAAGAUUGAGAUUUUUUUGUGGAAUAAUGUGGACGAGAUCAUUAGGCAGUAUGGAGGAAAUGAAACCCAAACGUUCUGGAAACUUCUAGACAGCGUUCAGACUUCUGCAAAUUGCUGUGGUAGACUGACCUCAGAUGAAUGGAGGAAUAACACAGUUAUUGCGUCCCUGGGGGGGACUGACAUCUACCCUUGCUCUUGUUUCAAUGGUACCUGUCCUGUAAUUCUGGCUGGAACACACAGCUUUGGAAGUGGUUUAGACAUCUAUAAAAUGGGCUGUGAGACGGUUCUAGUGGAAUGGCUAAAUACGAAUAUAAUCGUUAUACUUGGGAUGGAGGCUGGCCUUCUUUUGAUUCAGAUUCUUCAGUUUAUCUUUGGCAUCCAAAUCUACAAAUGCAUCGGCCGCAAGACGAGGGAACGGGAUCCCAAUCUGCUGAACGCCAUGGAGGAGAAUCCUGCAGCGAAUACUGAACACCAGCAAUACAGCGCAGAAAAUCACCAGUUUGAAAUUCAAACCUAUAAUAACCCUCAAAUGGACAGUGGCAACUAUCCUCACAGUAGAUAUGCUGAUGAGAAUUAUAAUCAAUAUAACAAUCCUGAAUUGGACAACAGUCAAAUGUACAAUAGACCUCAUGUGUUGCAACACCAACAGAGCUACAGUGGCAGUUAUGAUCAGGGGUAUAUUCAUCACCAGAACUACCAUCAGAGCUACUAAAUCCAGAUUUCUUUUCUCGUGUAACAUGAUCAGAUUGGGAUGGGCUAAUUUGCUGUUUUAAAAAUAGCAUGCUUUCCAAAGAGCAAGCUGUGGUCUAGGGCUGACCAAAGACACUUAAAACCACCCAUAAGACCAUUGUUUUGUUUCACUAAGUUCAGGUUAGUGCCUGUUCCCAGGAGUAUCGUUUGUCAUUUUAAAGACAACCAGCAUCACCUUCUCAAAGAAUUCAUUCCAGACCUCUCAGUCUUUUUAAAAGCAACUCAACAUAUUUUUGUAGAAGUCAGUUCUGGGUUCGAUGACAGAAAAUUUACUCAUUUACUCAGUUUCCAUUUUAUUUUAAUGCCCCAUGACAAGUUUACAGGUAUUGCAUAACUGUAUAAGUGUAAUUAUAUAAAAAAUACUGACCUGAAAUCAUAACCAAUAUAAUAUGAGACAAUCCACACAAUAUAACUCGCAAGAAUAUUAUCAUUCAAUUUUAAAACACUGUUAUAUGUAUAUUCAUGAAUAUAUAAAAUAUAUAAAAAAUAAAAAAUUGUUACUCUUUAAAUAAAGAAUAAAAAUCUACCUGUUUUCUACUUAAACCAUACAAUUAAAAAUAAACAUGUGUUAUAUACAACAUCUAUA